UAGCAGCCGCCGCCUUUCUUAUCUUGUUAUUUCUUCGUGGUUUUGCUCUUCCCAGGUGAUUCGUCAUUUUCCUUCUAAAUUCUUGCCAAAGAAAAUCGAUUGGAACGUCGUCGAAGUUCGUGGGUGUGAAUCCUUGGUCAGGAUGCAACUGAAAAUCCCCGUGAAGAUGAUGUAUUGCCGAACAUCAAUGAUGAACGUGAAAGGAUUCAUCCUCUGAAUUUUGAGUAAAUUAUUGACAUAUUAUAUAUAACAAUUUGAGGUUGAGCAGAACCGAUUGGACGAUAGCAGAAAGUGUGAGAAGAAAAGAGAAGAGAAGAGAAAAGAGGGAGUGAACCGGGUGCUCCAGCCGACCUCCGAUCUCCUUGCGCCGAAAUUCACAACAGUUUUAGUAGCUUUUGAGACAAAUAAUCAUGGGGAGAAAGGGAGGAAAGUACAAGAAGAUGGAAGGAAAUAAUAGUCUUGUGAAGAACAAGUCUACCCAAUUUCGCGCAGAUGGUGACAUGAUGAAUGACGAAAUUGAUGCCUUUCACAAGAAUAGAGAUGUUGUUCCCCUGAACAUGAAUGAAGGCAUGGAAGACUCUGAUGAUGAUAAUGAACAGCCUGUGCUUGACUUCGAGGAUGAUAAAGAUGAAGAUGACGAUGUGGAUGAUGAAGAUGAGGGCAUUGACGAUGAUGAGCCACCAAAGGGCUUGGCUGCCAAAAUUACAAGGACACAAAAGUAUCUGCAAGCCAAAUUUGGUGGGCCCGAGGAUGAAAUGCUUGACGAUGCUGAAGAAGAGGAGCAAGAAAGGGUUGUUUGGGGCAGAAAAAAAGAUAUGUAUGGUGCUGAUGUCGAUUAUGAGCCACAAGCUAGCGAUGACGAGGACGCAGCUGAGGAGGAGGCAGAGGUGUUGAAAUUGCAAAGUGAAAAAGCAAAAGUUUUAUCCAUGGAAGACUUUGGUCUUGACGAUAACAGUCAAGACGAGGCUGAUCAGGAACCCACAAUUGAGGAACUUUUGGAUCGUGGAAAGCUCACAUCAAAAGUAUCAUUUGAAAAGGGAAAUAAAGACGAAGAUGCAAUGGCAUAUGAGAGGGUUGAGAAAGAUUUAAAUGCUUUAACCAAAGAAGAGCAAAUGGAUGUGGUUUACAGUUCUGCUCCGGAAUUAAUUGGCCUUUUGUGGGAGCUGAGUGAUGCACUUGAGCAACUUGAAAACAAGGUUAACCCAUUUGUGGAUAAGGUUAGGGAAAAAAAAGAUGCGAAGGGAGGGAUGCACUAUAUGGAGGUAAAGCAACUUCUGUUGGAAUCCUUGUGCCAGGCCAUAACCUUCUAUCUUCUUCUUAAGUCUGAAGGGCAGCCAGUACGUGAUCAUCCAGUUGUUUCACGGCUAGUGGAGAUAAAGAGCCUACUGGAUAAGGUGAAAGAAAUGGACAAGAAUCUUCCUAUCCACCUGGAAGAUAUUUUGAAACAGGAUGUGGAUAAUGUUACUGAUAGUAACUUAGUUGAAGAGACUGCUAGAAUUGGGCCCAUGUCCUUGACCAAUGAUCAUUUAUUCUUCACAGCCUCUUCUGAAAAACAGCCUGCACUUGAGUCCUCCAAAGCGGCUGAGCUGAAUAUGAUAAAAGAUUCAAGUAUCGAAUUGAAGUACAAGAAUGAACAUAAACAAAUAGGAUCACAGAGCAAGGAAAUGUUAAAAAUAAGAGAAUCCCUAGAGGAGAAACUGCGGCAGAAGGGUGUUUUUAGUUCCAUUGCAAGAAAGACUGCUAAAUCUAGAGACCAACAAAUUGCAAACAGACAACUUGAGACAUUCGAUGAUUUUGUUGAUGAGCCCAUGGAAAUAGAUACAAAAUCGUCACAUUCAAGCAAAAUUUCCCAGCAACGGGCUCUUCAAACAAAGAAACGCAAGGUUAUAUCGGGUGAUGAUGAUAUACCGAAACGAGAUGAUAUUGGAGAAAGGCGGAGAAAGCAUGAGCUGCGAGUUUUGGCAAGAGCUGGGAUUGGAUCUGCUGGGGAUGAGGGAAAUGAUGAGAGUGCUGACCUCUCCAGCGAUGGGGCUGGUGACGUCAAUGAUGGAAAUGAGGAUGAUGAUGAUUCUGAUCUGGAAUUCUACAAACAAGUGGAGCAACAGCAUGCCGCAAAGCUCACUGCAAAAUCUAACAAGUAUUCGAGAACUCCGGAAGUUCCAUCAUUGCCAGAAACAGUUGAUGGGAAGCGGCUGAUCACACAUCAGAUUGAGAAGAAUAGGGGCUUAACUCGCGCCCGCAAGAAGCUGACCAAGAAUCCUAGGAAGAAAUACAAGUUGAAGCACAAGAAAGCAGAAGUGCGCAGGAAAGGACAGGUUCGCGAGGUACGGAAGCCCGCAGGUCCUUACGGGGGAGAAACAACGGGCAUCAACACAAGAAUAAGCCGCAGCAUCAGAUUCAACAGCUAGCCCAGGUGGCUGCCUGGUUUGUUUCCAUGACACCACACCACACCACACCACCUAUCUAUCGACCUAUUUAUAUUUAACCAGUUCAUGCGAAGCAGGCUUAUUUCGAGUGAUGUGCUUUGGUCGUUGGUUUCUGGAGUGUAUUUUGAGGGAGGAGGCAUACAACUGAAUAUUAUUAUUAGUUACAACCAUUUUGAUUUGUAGUGUCUAAUUAUAGGCAAUUUUGGAAGAGGAGUAUGUUAUUUAAUCAACUUUGGAUUAUACAAGUACACUGUUAUUUAGGAAAAAAAAAGAUUAUUUCAUU